AUGCCGUCCCCUCGGCUAUUUGCAGCCGUCAGUGCAGCUUUGCUCGUUGCUUCCUUCGGGCUUCUUCUUACCACUUGCAUAUCUGUCCCCAACACAAGUUUGUCAAUCUUCACAUUAGAGGCGACCAGACGUGGAGCAGGUGGGUCAAUUGGACCAUCUAUUGUUCUUGACUUCGGGCUUUGGGGUUGGUGUCAAGCAACGGCUGCCACAUGGCCAAGAUACCCACAGGGAUGUCUUAGAGUCGGAGGCUCGGCGGGCUAUGAUCCAGCCGCCAUUAUCCGUCCCAUGAUCAUCGGGUUUCCCUCCUCGAUAGAAAGCAGAGGAAUGCGCGACUUGACACUAGGAUUCCCAUUGCCUGCUGUUGCCACUGCUACAUCUGGACUGGGUCUUCUUUCUGCACUUGCCAGCCUUGUCAAACUCAACCGUCUCACAACCUUGGCCAGCGCGAUUCUUGCGAUUUUAUCAUUCAUAUUCGCCGUAUCGGCGCUUGGCUGCAUUUUCUCACUGUUCGAGGAAAUAAGAAAAGAGUUGCCGAGAAGUACAGAUUUGCGGUUGGCUACGAACGUACGAAACUUGCACGAUAUCUCAACGAAAUACGGGGCUUGUUCUUGGACUUUAGUUGCUGCUUGUGCCAUGUUAUUGUUGAGCGCAGCAGUUUUCAUGUUUGCGUGGCUAGCUGAAGUGCGACAGACCCGACAGAAAGUCAGUGAUGAUAGCAGAGAAAAAGCCAGCUACUCGCCAUCAGAGGGCAGAUCAUCGGGGGUGGGAUCUUGA